AUGGCUCCAGCACUUGACACGUCAAAGUAUCCCGAAUAUGCAGCAGAGUGCGGCGACCCGUCGCGAACGAUGAAGCUAGGGGCGGGGACCCGGCCAGCUGUGCUGUUGAUGGAUGUCUGCGACGCAUAUUUAUCACAUAGGUCGCCAUUGCACAUCCCAGACUCAGAGCGGGCCGCGGCCGCCAUCUCGACCAUUCUGUCCGUCGCCAGAAGCAGCUCCGGGGUGUCAGACAACGAGAAAGGGCAUCUCUCCGACCAGGAGGCGCUUAUUGUCCCUGUCAUCUAUGCCCAGACCGUGUUCAAAAGUGCAACCCUGCGCGACGCCGGCCUCCAGGCGCUCAAGAACCCGCAGCUCUCCAAAUUCUUCUGUGUCGCGAAUCCAGAUCACUUGACUGGUCUGACGUCAAUUGCCUCGCCCGAAGACCAGCUUCACCCGCGCCCGACCGACCUCCGGCUGCAGAAGAAGUACCCGUCGCCCUUUUUCGGAACCAACCUCUCCACACAGCUCGCAGCUCUGGGCAUCGACACGCUCCUCAUUGCCGGGUUCACGACCAGCGUCAAUGUGCGCUGCGCCGCCCUCGAUGCAAUGCAGUCUGGGUUCCGGCCGCUCGUGGUGGCGGAUGCCUGUGCAGAUUGGGGACGGGAGACACACUGGGCGAAUCUCCUGGACAUGGGAGCGAAAUAUGGCGACGUUGUCAGCACACAAGAGGCAGUCGAUAUCAUAAAACAAGCAACCACAGCCAGAUGA